AUGUUUGGAAAAUCAAGUUUCAUCGUCAUUGUUUUUAUCCUUGUUUCAAGCAGUUUUACCAAUGGAAAACCCAAAAGUUUCGACUCCAGCAAAUCACCCGCGCUUACAGCUCACAAAAAGCCUCAACCGAUCGAUCAAACAUUUAACAUCAACAACUGGGGCCUAGAAAAAUCUGAUAGAAAACUGCUCACCGAGAUGAAGUACAAAAUUGACCAGCUGUACCAGAAAUCGACAAGCGCUAAAGGUAUAAACUCUUGCAAUUGAAUCAAACUUUCAGUUAAUUAAAAGAGCGACUAAUUGUUCGAGGCUUAUUAUUAGAGCGACUUAAUGUCUGAGACUUAUUAAUCAACUGGAAAAUUUUCUUCCUUUCAGUUUGUUCGCAAGAUGGUUGGGUUUACUACGGCAACUUCAGCUACCUCAUCAUCGACAUUCGAACCCCGAAAUGGAGCGAUGCUCGACGAACAUGUCAGCUGCUUGGAGGAGACCUCGCUAUAAUAAUAUCAGCUGCUGAGAAUAACUUCAUAUUCGCCUUGCUCAAGAAACAGAAAACCAUCACCAAAUCGGGUGUGUGGCUUGGUUUUGUCCGCAAGGCGGACAACAAGUUCUACUGGAUUGAUGACACUCCACUGGCGAAAGGUUACACGGCUUGGGCACGCGGCGAACCAAACAACGUGAGCGAAAAGUGUGGAAACAUGUUUAGCUCGGCACGCCGCCAUGGAGGCAAGUGGAACGACUUACCUUGCGAUGUUACACGUUAUUGGAAGGUGGCCCCAGUUAUCCUUUGCAAGAAAAAGCAAAUUAGGUGA